AUGCCCAGUAAAACGAAUAUUUGCUCUUCGGUGCCUCCGACCGCAUUUGCAGGCUACAUCGGGGGAACCCUCCUGGAUCGCCUUCUGACGCACCCGAGGGCAUCGAACUUCGAGAUCGUUACACCAGUACGCUCCGCCGAGAAGGCAGAGGUGCUCAGGAAGCUGGGCGCAAAGCCUGAGAUCGCUGCUCUGAGCGAGUACGACAAAAUCGAGGAACUCGCCUCUCAUGCGGAUGUCAUCUUUAACCUCGCGAACGCAGACAACGUCCCGCAGAUGAACGCGGUUCUCAAGGGCAUACGAAAGGCGCACGCGGCCACUGGCAAACCGCCGGUGCUCAUCCACACUGGAGAGUAUGCCGCGAAGACCGUCUACUCGGACGUGGACAUCGAGCAGAUCAAGUCCAUCCCAGCAGCAGCCCUCCACCGCAACGUCGACCUGGUCGUGAUUGGCGCAGAUGAGGAAGGCUAUGCGAGGUCGCACUUGAUCUCGCCGGGCAUUAUCCCGGGGCUCGCCAAGGCGCGCUGGCCAGGAAGCGCGCUGGCAUUGUCGGUCCUGGUAAGGCUGUCUGGCCGCAUGCCCACGUCGACGAUGUGGCCGACAUCUAUGUCAUCUCUUCGAUGCAAUCUCCAAGACCCGCAGAGCGUCGGGCACGGCUGGGAGGGCUACUACUUUGUAGAGAACGGCGAGGUGCCUGCCUACGCCGUUCGCAACGAGGAGCUCGAAACUACUGGGGUCGCUGGCCGUGGGCAGCUUCGGUGGGACGACAUGUCGUGCGAAGGCGGAGCGGGCGCGCACGAUCGGGUGGAAGCCCAAGCACGCGGAAUACUGGGGACGAUCAAGGCGGAGGUGGAACUGCAGUGGGCGGUCGCGCAGAAGAAUGGCGGCGAGGUCGACUUCACAUUCGAGAGGGGCCUUGCGAAGCUGUUCGGGUUUGCGUAG